AACGUUAUCACGCAUUCAAAGCUUCAACGUUUCAACGCUCUUCCCUCAGCUUCUUGCAUCUACUCCUUGGUGUAUCUCUCUUGGUGGCUCUACAUGGCAAGAAUGUCGGAGACUCAGAAUGUGUCGUACGAACCAGCGGUACAUCACGAUGAAAACGAUCCUGUUCGCUCCAAGCAAACACAGUUGUGGAACAACGCGGCGAAAGACUCAAGCGUACCUCCUCUACCGAAUGGCGGACUUCCUUCGCUCGCAGUAUGUCAACGCCUUGAAGAGGAAUAUAUCAGUAGUCUCAGCGUGCGUAAGCGAGACAAAGCUCUGCUUUCUCAGGAAAUGUUCGACGACAUCUGGGACGUUCUACACGACCCACGCGGCUCUCACUUAACUUCGCAGUUUCGCUAUUGGGUGAGGAAGAUGUUCACGCUGGCUACUAUCGAUGAUGGCGACAAAGCGGACGAGGAUGUGAAACCUGUGAUCUUGCACGAGAACCGUCCGGUGGCUGUUAGAACACAGAUCUACGACAUUUUGUGCUACUGCCACCAGCUCUGCGGUCACGGAGGACGCGAUCGUACCACUGCUACCGUUCGUGCACACUUCUCAUGGAUCCCAAAGGAAGUCGUAGCCAGAUUCGUGAAGGCCUGCCCUACCUGCACGUUGAAGAAAGCUGGCUGCUGGGGCAUAAUACCAAAGGGAAAGAAUGAAGAAGCCCAAUCCUCGGAGCUGUACAACCCGGAACUGCUGACGAUGGACAUCCCGGAGACCCUCGAAUGGACAGUACCACAACCACUAUCUGGAUCAAAAGCUGGAUCGAAGAAACGAAUCGCGUGGAACAAGCAGCCUCCCGUCAACAAGGAUGUGCCAUUAUCUAGCAUCCAAACGCGGUUUCCUCAGCCUCUGCCCACUCUUCCUCACCUCGCUCACCUGGGAACUUCCAAGCCCCUCCAAAUUCAAGCCGGCACUUCCUUGUCUACUGUCGCUAAUCACAGUCACGGCUAUUCUUCCUGGCUUUCUGAUCUCGUUGGACUACCCAAUCCUGCUUCUGCAACCCACGACCGAAACUAUAUGCGCCGCACGGCUAGUUCAAAUGACGCUUCCUUCCCUCGCGCUCGAGGUCCUGGUCCUAGCAUGCCAACCCUCAGCAAAUCGUACUCCGAAGGCUCACCCGCAAAUGGUCGAGACGCAUAUACUCUACGCCCGAUAGUCCAACGACCCCUUCCCCGUUCACCUUCCUCUGUAUUGAGUGAUGGCGAUUCUACCGACGCAGGGGACUACGGGGAACUUGCAAAUGCGAAAGCGUGGCCACCGAUUGAUCCUAUCUUGCUUGCCGAGGAGAAUAACGUUCGUAACGCCAACGGAGGAUUUGGACUACGCUUUGUUACUUCCGCUAUUCCUGCCAACGAGCAAUAUACUUCGCACGUCCGCGGUGACCGCUAGUCUGUUGCCUGGACUUCGACUCUUGGUUCUGGCGAUUGUUGGAUGCACUCCUCUUUUUAUUUCAGUGGCCGUAGCUGUGGCUACUUACUAUAUCCCCGUUCUUGACUUUAUACCCAUAUUCUAGAGAUUUUAUAUCAAUUCCGUGGACUAUAUGCACUCUAUUCUAGACUCUACGUACAGCUAAUAAUAGUUUCCGCCGACUGUACUUGCGAAGAUUAGACCAUCAAUUGUGUGAUUG